GGAAAGAAAGAGGCUGCGGCUGUCAAUCAAAGGAGCAGCAGCAGGGGGAUGAUGUCAGCGGCUGAUUUCUGUUUCGGCAGCAGCGCCACCGAGAACUCGCAGAAUCGCGGGGCAGAGUUAGAAGCCAAGCUUGCACACGGAGAGCAGCCUUAGUGGCUGAGGUGUUCUCCAAGCAACCGGCAGCUGCACUCAGUGCAAUGGACAGUGACGACGACAAUGUGGAGGAGACGGUGGAAGGUCCCCUGGAUGAAGAUAACCAGCCACAUGGGUUCUGUAAAGUUACCUAUUCCUCUAGUGACAGAUUUGAAGGGCAUUUUAUACAUGGUGAGAAGAAUGGUCCCGGGAAGUUCUAUUUUUUUGAUGGCAGCACAUUGGAAGGAAACUGCGUUGAUGAUGCUUUGCAAGGACAAGCUGUAUACACCUAUGAGGAUGGGAGCAGCCUUCAUGGUACCUACAUUGAUGGAGAAUUGAAUGGCAUUGCUCAGGAAUACAACUCGGAGGGACAGAUGACCUUCAGGGGUCAGUACAGGGACAAUGUUCGAUGGGGUGUUUGCUGGAUGUAUUUUUCGGAUGGAGGCUGCCUUGUAGGCGAGGUGAACGAAGACGGUGAGAUGACUGGUGAUAAAAUAGCUUACGUUUAUCCGGAAGGCAGGAUGGCAUUGCUUGGAAAAUUUGUUGAUGGGGAGAUUAUUGAAGGACAUCUGGCAACUCUGAAAUGUGUAACUGAAGGGAAGCCUCAGUUUGAACUGGUACCAGAUGGCCCAGUUUACAGCUUGGACAAGUCCACUCCUUUUUGCAUAUCCACCAAAUGUCUCCUGCCUGACCCUUAUGAAAAUGAGAGGGUGUAUGUUGCUGAAUCUCUUAUCCCGAAUGCUGGGGAAGGUUUGUUUGCAAAAAUACCAGCAGAACCUGACACAGUCAUGGCUUUCUAUAAUGGAAUACGAAUAACACAUGAGGAGGUGGAUUCUAGAGAUUGGUCACUGAAUGGCAAUACCAUAUCACUAGAUGAUGAUACUGUGAUUGACGUUCCUGAGCCUUAUAACAGUACAAAACAGUACUGUGCGUCAUUGGGGCACAAAGCAAAUCACUCCUUUACUCCCAAUUGUAUUUAUGCCACGUUUAUUCAUCCCCGGUUUGGACCUGUUAAAUGCAUCCGCACUAUCCGGGCAGUACAGAGGGAUGAAGAGCUGACUGUAGAUUAUGGAUACGAUCACUAUUCUGCAGGCAAGGGUGGCCCAGAAGCUCCUGACUGGUACAAGCUUGAACUGCAGGCCUUCCAACAUGAUCAGCGGAAAUGAAAUUUAUGCAGCUUUCUCAUUAAGCAAGAAGCAAAAGCAGAAGCAGAAGCAGCUAUGCACUAGAGCUACGUGGAACUGCCAGAUUAGAACCUUUUAAAUCCUCUGUUCUGUGAAGUAUUAUUCAACUUGUAUUUAAAUUAUUCAAAUUUAAUUCUGUGAAAUACAAUAUACAAGGCUCUUGAACAAGCAGAUAUACAUUUGCUAUAAGCACAUGAAAGUUUGCUAUUUAGCAGUGAAAACUAACUAAAUUAACGUACUGUAAAGCUUGUCUUUCUUGGCAGUCUUAUGAGCAGUAAAUACUUUUCUAAAUUUAUUAAUGGACAGCUAUGUGUUCUUUAGCCAUUUUUACUUUGAUCUGUUCUACUGUCUUUUAGUCCAUUCUAACCCUUCACAAUCUGUUUAUUGAUUAAUAGUAUUCAGCUCCUAUCAAUUACAGCUGUUACAUUUUUUUAGCUGAUUGACUAAUUAAUGACCAUGUAAAUUGACAUUUUUCAGUGUUGCCACUGGGUUGAGUGAAGUCUAACACGUGCCAGUAUAAAUUUUGUACCCUGUCCAUUGUAAUUGUGUGGGGAAAAAAAACAUUUAGCACAAUUAAUUAAAAAUUGAAUGAGUUUUUGUUUGGAGAAAGCACUUUGAAUUGCAUAUCAGAAAUAUUUGAAUGAAGUACAGGUAUUUAUUGGUCUUUUACUGGUGAUGGUAGGUAAAGAGUUGAGAAUUUUUUGAAUAAUGUUGAAGUGCAUUAGCUUGCAUGUGAUUUCUCCUCUGCCUUUUCAUGGUAUUAAGUACAGCUAUUUGCAACACUUGCUCUGACAUUUUGAAUACAGCAUCUUAACAUGAUUAGAGUGACUAGGUUAAAGUGUAAAUGUCAUCUUUCCGUUUCCUGGUGUUCUCUACACUGAGUAAUCAAUGCUAGCAACUCGAGGAAAGCAAUGUUAUCCAAAUACAGUGUUCAUCUGUUACGUGACAGUAUCACUUCAAAUAAUAUUUAAUCUUGCUUCAGGUGUUAAGCUAGAAUCUUGGCCAUAUGUAAGUAUUUUUUUAAAGAAGAGUAGCACAAUCUACAUUUGUGUUUUAAUACAAUGGUGUUUCCUGAAAGGGUGACCAGUUGAGUUUUUUUUGUCACUGCCAUAGCAGCCAUACUAGAAAUUAUGAUUUUUGCUAAUAAAACUGAAGGACUGGUAAGACUAUGAGAGAAUGGAGGUAUGCCAAAAGUUUACAGAUUCACUUUGAGUCUUUCAAUGUGUGUAUGCUCUUUCAGUGUAGUAAAUGAAAAUGUGUGCAUUUUAUAAGAGUGUCUGGGUAAGCAUGAGAAUUGUUUUGGUUAUUGGCGUGAGAGAACAUUUAUGAUGUUUUGAUUUUGACAAACUGAAUUAUGAUGUAGUCAAUUUAUGAUGUUACUAAUUUAGCACAGGGGAAGAAAAUGUGUUUUCUAAUGGUCCUUUAAACAAUGGUAAAUUGUGAAUAUAAUGGAUUUUUACCAUAAAGACAGAAACCUUGAAGAAUAAUUAUGGUUCUAAUUGAUUUAAAUAUGUAAUAUAUGAAUAUUUUAGUGAUUGUGUGCAUGGUGUGCUCUCAAAAAAUGGCUGUUCAUUUUAAACCCCAUCUUUGUUAUUCUUCUGCUUCAAUUCAGUUUUGAUUGCAAAUGAAAAUGAGGGAAGGGUUACAGCAUUUAGGAAUAAGUGUAGUUGUACAUUUUGAUCUUUCUACAGCAUUGUAGUACUUUAUACAUCACUAAUGGCCUUUGUGGACUUGUCAACUUAUUGAAUAUAAAAACUUGGUGCGGAAAUUCUGCAUAACAGUAAAUUCAUAUUAUAGCAGUAGGUUGUCAAUGGCAAUAAAUGCUUUAAAAC